GUUGUUCCCAACGUCGACGAGAGAAUCACCGAGGACGAUGGUGGGGUAGCGAACUGCUGGAAGACGAAGGCCAAGAACAAACAAUGGAAGCAGCAGCAGCAGUUGAAGAAGAAGAAGAGACAGGAACAAUGCAACAAAUGGUGAAGCCAUGAGCAUGCGAUUGGCAUGCCUUGCGUUGCAGCUUUGAUGUGACACAAUCAUGAAAUUUGGCCUUGGUAUCCAUUUCUGUGUUUGUGAAGGAGCCAAAAAUCCGUUGCAGGAAAGAGGGAAAAGAUAAGGGUGGAGAAAGAUCAGCCGUCGAAAAGAAAAUUAGGACUAUUUUCAAAAAUGCACUCCAAGUUCUCUAAAUUAUACAACGAGACCGAGUAGACCAAGAAAGAUUUAGGCAUUGGUCGGAGUGGAGGGAGAUUGGGAGAGAGGGGUCAAAGGAGGAAGAGAUGCGGCGUCAAGGAAGCGCGGGGUUUCCACCGUCGGAUCUCAUGGCGGCGGAGGCGCCCCUUGUGGUGGCUCUCAACUGCCUCGAAGACACCUCACUGGAGCAGGAGGCCCUCGCUGGGGUCGCCACCGUCGAGCACGUCGGCAGCGCGGCCCUCGCCGACGGGCGCAUCGAGUCGGCCGCAGCUGUUAUCCUGCACUCGCUCUCCCUCUUACCCGGCCCCGCCCAGCGCCGCCUCCGCCCUUGGCAGCUCGUCCUCUGCCUCGGCUCCGCCGACCGCGUCAUCGACUCCGCUCUCGCCGCUGAUCUAGGGCUCCGCCUCGUCCACGUCGACUGCAGCCGAGCCGAGGAAGUGGCUGACACCGUCAUUGCCCUGUUUCUCAGCCUCCUCCGCCGGACCCACUUCCUUUCCCGCCCGUCCUCCGCCUCGGCCGGUUGGUUCGGAUCGAUCCCGCCGCUGUGCCGGGGAAUGCGAAGGUGCCGUGGCCUUGUUCUUGGGAUCGUUGGCAGGUCGGCCUCUGCAAGUUGCCUGGCCACCAGGAUCCUUGCAUUUAAGAUGAGCGUGCUCUACUUCGAUGUCCACCACGAGGUGACAGACAAAUCAAGACGGUCUGCUAUUGCAUUUCCUUCUGCAGCUCGAAGGAUGGACACCCUAAAUGAUUUGCUGGCAGCAAGUGAUCUUGUUUCACUUCACUGUUCACUCUCAGAUGCUACCAUGCAUAUUCUUAAUGCAGAAUGCCUGCAACAUAUAAAGCCUGGUGCAUUUAUAGUUAAUACAGCUAGCAGUCAAUUGAUAGAUGAUCGUGCAUUAAAACAACUAUUGAUUAAUGGUACCAUAGCCGGUUGUGCAUUGGAUGGUGCUGAGGGGCCACAAUGGAUGGAAGCAUGGGUAAGAGAGAUGCCAAAUGUGCUAAUUCUUCCUCGCAGUGCAGACUAUAGUGAAGAAGUAUGGAUGGAAAUAAGGGAAAAAGCAAUCACCAUAUUACAGUCAUUUUUCCUUGAUGGAAUUGUACCAGAUUAUGCUAUAUCUGAUGAAGAUGAAAUGAUAAGUGGAAUUGUAUGUAAAGAUGAGCAUACAAAGAAGGAAGUAAAAGAAACUCAAACUCAGCAGAUUCAUGGUCUUGAACAGCAGAUAAAUGAGAGCCACUUGACUUCAGAAUACAUCUACAAGAAGGAUAACCGUGAAUUUAACAUUUCUCAUGUUUCAGCUGUUUCCCAAAAUGUAGGCUCUAUAACUGAAGGCAGGCAUAGUGGAACAAGUAAAAAGGGUAAGAAGAGACCUGCUCGCCGAAGAUCCCACCAGGAACCAGAUGAUUAUUCAGCAGGAGAGAGUGAUACUAGUUAUACAUUAGAUCAAGAUGAUGAUACGGCAACAAGUGGAAGGGAGAAAGUGUUAGGUUCUGGUUCUAGGUUAACUUCUCCUGAGGAUCCUAGAAAUAAACUAAUGUGCACCUCUGAGCCUACACUAGACUCGUCACCAAAACAGGUGUCAGUAAAUGCAGAAGUUAAUGAAAAUUCUGUUCAACUGCUGAAAGAUGGUUUCAUCAUUGCCCUACGUGCAAGAGAUUGCCAAGGAUAUCAUGUCUCUAGACAAAGAAAUCAAGGAGGUGGCUGGUUCCUUGAUACAAUGUCAAACAUAUCAAAGAGGGAUCCGGCUGCAGAAUUCCUUGUUUGCUUUAGAAGCAAGGGCAUAAUCGGGUUGCGGUCUUUAUCGUCUGGUGGGAAACUCUUACAGAUCAAUAGGAGAAUGGAGUUUGUAUUUGCGAGUUAUAAUUUUGAUGUGUGGGAGGCUUGGACAUUGCGUGGUCCUACAUUGGAAGAAUGUAAACUAGUUAACUGCAAAAAACCAUCGGCUGUCCUAGAAGUAAGUAUAGAGAUCCUUGCGACUGUCAAUGAAGACGGCAUCACUAGAUGGAUUGAUUAACUUAUUUACGGUAAAAGAUGCUCGGAAAGAAUCAGGUAUCCUUGUCUUUCGACAAAGGAUUUUCCUAAUCUAUCUGUUUUCUUUUAGCUGACUCUUGUAGUUGCUUUAAAGUUUAGGAAAUGGUUGUGGAAUGUGUUUUCCAAUCGUUAUGUAUCUUUCUUUGUAAACAUCAAACUCCAGUGAAGUUCUGUAAAACAUUGCUCAAAAUCUCAAUGUCGAAGCUGUUGUCUCCUUGUUUGUUUCC